AUGACAGGAGAGGCUCCAGAAGCCGCUGCUGCCCCCCCUGGGUGCUCUCCGUCUGUACCGCCUAUUUCUAUUCCUCCUAGUGUGUCAAAGGAUGCUGAGUUAGCAGCUGUACAGAUUGCUAUAGAAAAGACUACUAGGCUUCUUGAGCUGGAAAAGCGCCGUUUAUGGGAUUUAUCCGACGCGUCUGAGAGGGCGCAGGCUGAGUACAAUGAGAAACGGACAAGAUACUGUUUUAAUAAGGCAGAAACUAGCAAGGAAUUUUAUCAAGCAGAGCAGCAAAUCCACCUUCUAGAAAACCGAGUCGCUCAGGCAACUUCCAAACAUAAUACGGAAUUGUGCGAAAUAGCAGAAUUGCGAGUAGCCAUUGAUAAGCACAGGAAAGAUCGGCUCUCUCUCGAGCAGCUCCAGCUGGUGCUUACCAAAGAAGCAGCAGCACAAGAAACAGAGCUGCAUGCUGUCAAGCAACAAAUACAGACACUCCAGCAAGAAGAACAACAGGCCCUCCAAGACAAAAAGCAACUCCGAAAAAUACAAGACAAAGAAAGGACAGAAUUCAAACAAAUCCUGCAAAAAAAACAACAAAUCCUAAAAAGCCAUGAACAGCGGUUAAAGGAGAUGCAACAGCAAGCUAACAAAGACGGCAUGCGGCUCCAUGGACAAAUAAGAGAUAGCGGAUUUGCUGUCCCCGAAGAGGAUCACAGACAUGGAAGCACUCAGAAGUUGCUAAAGGAUAUCCUCAAGGCAACGUUGCUUAAUGCAGCUCAACGCCGGUCUAUUAAACAAUACAAAAAACACAUUGAAGUAUUCGACAGGGCCAUGGAAAGUAUCCGAGCCUCCACUGGCAUCUCAG